AUGCACUGCUAUCAGCUUUUUCGGUUUGUUCUCUUCAUAUCAGCAUCACUCGGCAGCCCAGUGCCUUCAUACAUAUUAAAAGAAGCCCAGGAUGUCUCAGAUAUAUUUAACAGACUAUUCAACACCUCCACAAGUCAUGCUCCCUUCAGCCCAGAAAUAUACCAAAAUCUAUCUAAGCUCGAAGCCAAGAUAUCAGAUAUAGCAACAGGCAAAAUCAAGCCCGUCUCAACAAUCGGAGAAGGCCUCUCGGUCCUCGCCUCAAUUCCACACAACAACCAAACAAUUAUCCAGAAUGCCAUCGACACAGUAUCCCUAGGUCUAGUCCCAACAACCAUCCUCGACAUAAUAGACGGCAUAAGAAACCACGAAAUAAACUCUAUAGCCAACAACAACACAAAAACCCCUAGUCCCCGAAUCCACCCAACAAAAUCCUUCGGGGACGCACCCUACGACAUCCCCGAAGACACCCUCCGCAGCGCAAUCUACAUCCCGACAACUUUUUCCUACGGCAAGAACAACAAAAUCCCCAUCCUCUUAGUCCCCGGCACCGCCGACCCAGCCGGCAGCACCUAUUACUUCAACUACGCGAAGAUCUUCGCCGCAAACCCACACACAGACCCAGUAUGGGUCAACAUCCCAGACACCUCACUAGGCGACAUCCAAAGCAACGCCGAGUACGUCGCGUACGCGAUAAACUACAUCUCCGGACUCUCGGGGCGUACCAUCGGGGUACUAAGCUGGUCGCAAGGCAGCGUAGACGUACAAUGGGCGCUGAAAUACUGGCCGUCGACACAGGCCGCGGUCAGCGAUUUCAUGGCUGUCAGUAGUGAUUUCCACGGGACGCUUGUUGCGACGCUGUGCGUGCUCGCUGAGCCGUUUUGUACGCCCGCUGUGCAGCAGCAGGGGUAUGAUGCGCGGUUUAUUCGGGCUCUGCGGGGUGGGGAUGGGGACUCGGCGUUUGUGCCGACGACCAGCGUGUACUCUGGGGAUGACGCCAUUGUGCAACCGCAGAGUGGGGGGUGGGCUUCUGCGGCGUUGGCGGAUGUGCGUGGGGUGGGCGUGUCGAAUGUGGAGGUGCAGGUUGCUUGUGCGGGGCGUGCUGCUGGCGGUUUGUAUUCGCAUUCGUCUUUGUUGCUUAAUCCGUUGGCGUAUGCUUUGUUUGUUGAUGCUUUGGUUCAUGAGGGGCCGGGGAAGUUGGAGAGGAUUGAUCUUGAUGCUGUUUGUGGUGAGUCGCUUGCCCCUGGUUUGGAUGUGGAUGACUUUUUGGGCAUGGAGGCUGUGUCGGAUGUGGUUGGGGUGCUUAAUGUGUUGUUGUUUGGGUAUAGUGGGAGUGAGGAGCCGCCGCUUAGGGACUAUGUUCACUAG